AUGUCCAACUUUAGAGUCAUCAUUGUUGGAGGUGGUCUCUCAGGACCCCUUCUUGGCAAUGGCCUCCUGGCCAAUGACGUCGACUUUGUCCUCUACGAACGUGACGCCGAGGAUGCCGAAUACGAAGGAUAUCAGAUUAGACUGGGGGAGGGGGCACUCAGAGGUUUUGCGGCUUGCUUGCCCGAGGCACGCACGCAAGAAAUCAUGCGUAAGCUUGGGAAAUCGACGAGCACGGUCCAGACUGCACCCUCGCUGUACACGUCGAGGUUCGAACAGCUGGCCGACUUUUCAAAGGUUCCAUCCUAUACCAAGUCAUCGGCUAUCGACCGCGUCGUGUUGCGAAAUCUGCUCAUGGAACCAAUCAAGGCCAGCAAGCGGGUUCGGUAUGGCAAGGAACUGACAAGCUACGACAUCACAACCGAUCAAGAAGGGGAAGAAAAGGUCAAGGUUCAUUUCCGGGAUGGAUCGUGCGACGUGUGCGACGUGCUCAUUGGCGCCGAUGGCAGUCGAUCAAAGAUCAACCAACUACUCGGUCUCAACAACCUAGUGCCCCUCACGUCCCAUUGGUCAUUUCUCUCAAAGGGUAGUGUGCCGUAUGAGCGUGUGCUGGAACUUCCCGAGCAGUUACGAAAGGGGCCGAUUAUUGUCAUGUCUAAGGAAGUCAAGCUGUUCUAUGCUCUCUACCUUCCCGAGGACUACCAUCACAAAACAGCCUCGACAAACAACACCAAACUCAUGGCUUACGACGAGAACGCGGCGUCGUUUUACUGGGGGCUGAGCGUACCCGUCGACAGUAUCCCUUACAAGAAGGCCAAGGACAUGAAAGAUCGCAGACAAAUCUGUUCAGAUCUCAUCAAGGGAUGGGCUCCGGAGUUUCAUAAAAUGCUCAACAUAGACCGAGACGACCAAGGUGCACAGGACUUGCACGUCACCAUGUUUAAUGCCAGCACCCAACCAAGCUGGGAGUGGCGUGAGAAGACUCGAAAGCUUGGGCCAGUAACACAUGGUCACCCACGCGUGUGGCUCAUGGGAGAUGCCAUUCAUGCUAUGCAGCCCGCUCGUGGCCAAGGAGGCAAUCAGGCCAUGUCUGACUGUGCCGAUGCUCUUCCCCAAUUACUCAAGCUCCAUUCACUCGUACUCGCGAGGGAUGAAUCGGGUCGCUCUGUAACUUCCAUGGACAUCAGUAUAGCUUGUAAGGAGAUAUAA